AUGUUACUGUGCUGCUUGUUGCUUUUGGUCUUAAUUAGUGUGACGAAUUCUGCCAAAACAUGUGAGAAUGAAUAUGAUUGUCCCAAAGAUUACCAGGAUGUCUACGCAGACAAAACAGUGACUGACAUACCCAAGUCUGUACAGCCAAAUAUAAAAGAGAUAUUUUUUGUACAGACUGCAAUAUCAACUAUCAGAAAGGAUGCCUUCAAGUACAUGCCUCAUUUGGAAAGAAUAUUUUUUAUUUUUAAUAUGAUUCAAACAGUUGAGCCUGGAGCCUUUGAUAACCUUACAAAACUAGUUGAAUUGGAGAUUUCAGGUCAUGAGAAACUGGAGGAUCUAAAAUUUGGAAUCUUCAACAACUUAAGUAGUUUGAAAAAACUUGUCCUUAAAAACAAUAAAAUAAAUCAAGUAGAAAAGGGAAUUUUUGAUGAUCUAGGAAAUUUGGAAGAGCUAUAUUUGAAUGUUAAUCAGCUUCCUACAUUGCCGUUAGGCCUGUUUGAUUCACUUGCUAAUUUAACAGUACUACACCUUGCCAAAAAUAAAGUCUCUUCUUUACAAAAGGAUGAGUUUAGUAAUCUGCCAAAACUGAAAAUCCUUCGCCUCUACGAGAAUGAACUGAGUGAUCUUCCAGAAAAUUUAUUGGACAAUAACCCAGCACUGACUGAGUUCAGUGUCUCAAACAACAAAAUAAACCAUUGGCCCAAAGAUUUUCUGGCCAAAUCCUUGAAUCUUGAAAAACUCCAUAUGGAUGGGAACAACAUAGAAGAACUUCCAAAUGAGCCAUUUUUUGGAUUGAACAAAAUUAAGCAGCUUAAACUUAGUGGUAAUAAACUCAAAAAGCUCCCGGAUCAACUUACAGAUAACAUGCCCCUUCUUUCUGAAUUUGAUUUGAGCCAGAACACUCUAACCACUCUUCCAACUGGUGUAUUUAAGAACAUGAAAUCCUUAACAAAACUCAUUAUUUCUUCUAACAAAAUACACACUCUUAAAAGGGAGAUGUUUUCAGGUCUUGAAAAAUUAGUUGACUUGAAUUUAGAAAAUAAUUUACUUUCAUCCUUAGAUAAUGAUAUUUUUUCCAUGAUGCCCAAGUUGAAGACUAUUAGACUUGGAAGAAAUCAAUUUACAAACCUACCUUCAGGACUUUUGAGCUCAUUCGUUACACCUAUAACUGGAGUUUACUUAAAGGAUAAUCCUUGGAUAUGUGAUUGUCACCUUGAAAGUCUGUUUAAUUGGAUGAAGAGCAAGAAAAAAAUGGCAAAAGAUGCAGAUAAAUUAGUAUGUGAAAAUCCAAAUCACCUCAAAGGACAAACUAUCACUUCACUGGGGAAGGAUCAAUUAGUUUGUCUAACUACUCAAGUUACAACUACUUUUAGAACAACUGUUCCCACUAUGAAGAUUCCAACAACCAGCAAGUUGAUCACUACACGCUAUCCAACUACUUACCCAACUACCAUUCAAGUCAAAAGUACUCCACAUAUAACAACACCUUUUGAAACCACAACCUUGUUACCCACUACUUUGGAAAUAACAACUGAUUCAGUGUCAACACGUCCACUGACCACAACUAAAGAGAUUACAACUACACAUCCACAAACUACAGAAGUUACAACACAACAAUUAACAACUAUUUUGUCUACAGUACUUGCCACAACUUUGGCAAAAACUACCACUCCUAUGAUAACAACUGUGGAGACCACAGCCCUUGGGACCACAACACCUGAAAUAACCACUUUAAUACCAUCAACAACAACAGAGUCUACAACACCUGUAAGGGCCUCCACCACAAUUGAAAUCACCAAGCCGGAUAUAACCACUUUAAUACCAUCAACAAGAACAGAGUCUACAACAAAUGUAAGAGCCUCCACCACAAUUGAAAUCACCACGCCGGAUAUAACCACUUUAAUGCCAUCAACAACAACAGAGUCUACAACACCUGUAAAGACCUCUACAACAAUUGAAACCACUAUGUCUGACAUAACCACUUUACUACAAACUACAACAACGCUGUCAAUGACACCCAUAGGAACCACAACAUAUGAAAUAACUACUUUAAUGCACACUACUACAAUAGAGGGUACAACAUCUGUACAGACCACCACAGCUAUGGAGACAUCAAGCACUCAAAUUGAUACAACAACUUUAGAAACUACAAGCAUGCUACAAACUACAAUGACAACACAAGGCAUAACAACUGAAGAGUCUACAACAGUUCCAUAUACAUCACUAGGAACCAGUGAAGCACAAACAACAAUAUCCAACAUGACCUCUCCUUGGCAACAAACCACCAUAUUUACUACAUUGGGGAGUACACCCAAAAUGACACCUACAGACACUACCUCCCAAACAACAACUAUAUAUGCAUCAACAAUGCUUAUGGUGAAAUCUGUUUCAACAAAAAUUAGUAAAAGCCUGUUGAGUACUGUUCCUUCAGUGGCAACCAUGUUGUGGCCUACAAUUUCAUUUUUAUCCACAGGAACUACCUUGUCAUACAGUGAAGACGAGAAUACUACAAACUUCACAUCACUUGAAGCAACAUUUGAAGCCUGGGAUACGUUUUCAGGACAAAAUUUACAUCACUGCAAAAUUUUAUUUGCUUCCUAUCUUGUCCUACUCUGCAUAGAAAUCUGUACGACAGUCUUUUUAGUAACAUUUACGUAUACCCUGCACAAAUCUAUUCGUAGUGUAAGAAUUCCAAAACGUCCUGUGAAACUAGUGUGGAUGUAUACGAAAAAAGAUAAAACAUAA